AUGCAUCCGCACAGUCGGUACGCUGUCCGCGGUAAUCUGGCCAGCUUCCUGGUGCAUUGGGACGACGUCCUGGAGCGCCUGCUCGCCAUCACGGAGAGUUCCAGUGCUGCUGCGGCGCUGCCCCACGACGGCGAGACGCUGGCCCACUUGGUUCGCUUCGAGUUCCGGAUGAAAGACAAGGACAUGUCGAAGCAACUGAAGCACAUGCGCCUCCGCGCUCAUGUGGUGCUGCAGCUCGGCUGGGAGCUCAUCGACCGCGGCCACCCCGCUUUUUGUAGAGAUGCUGCUGGCAAUCCCAUCGCAAUCGCCGCUGCCAAGGAGGCGUUUGAAAGGCGCGUGAAGCAGUGCUACCCGUGGCUCGGCACCCCCGAGGACACCGACGGGAAGGUCCCGCCAGCCGUGGACCGGGCGACGGUGGUGGCGGAUCCGUCCAGGAGCAGUGUGCAGGAUAACAAGCACGCGACUCCGGCGCUGGCCAGCACUGACGUCGCCUCUGUUUUCGACGAUGCCAGACCGACCGCCUGCGCGCCCACAGAUGCGACGUCCCGGCAAGGGACCGCGGGUCAGCGCCAACAGCGAGCCAUGGACGGCGGGCCGGUCGUCCCGUACGUCGCCGACGCGGCCAUGUUGGAGCAGUGGAACGGGAAGUACCCCGCGAUCGCUUUCCCGCACACGCUGCUGCGGCAGAGCGGGGGGCCAGACUUCACGAGGUCUUGGCGCAACGGUGCCGAUGCCGCACAUCGGCGCCGCGCGGUGGGGCGGCCCGAGGAAGUGCAAAACCGGCCGUCCAUCAGCAUGGGGAUGUGGCUUGCAGGCAUGAGUCGCCGAGUGGAACACCAGAUCCGAUCGGACUGGCUCUUCAUCCCAGGCAUGCGCAAUGUCCACUUCCGCUUUUUGGGCAUCACCGCGAGGUUGGGGAGCAAAGUCAGGAAGUACAAGGACGAAGACGGAUCCGCUUUCACGGAGCGCCUGACCACGGCUGUCCGCGGGUUGCACGACCUGUUGGCGAAGGGGUACUACGGGCCGAACAGGCGGCCAAUUGCUGGCAACUUGACGGUGCUGCACAUGGCGCAUGGCCUGGACACAACCCAGAAACAGAUCGUGCACAACAUGCGCUCUGUGACGAGCAGCCUUGCAGGCACCCAGGAGCUGCGUCGCAGGAUGGGCCACGUAUUCCAGUCUGGCGCGAUUGGAUACGGGCACGGGCUUUUCAUCACCAUCUCGCCAAAUGAGAAGCAGUCCUGCUUGGCGAUGCGUCUACACAGAGCACGCCAGGGCGACCCGCUGCUGCGCGCGGGGUGCACAGACGACGCACGGAAUGCCACGAGGAAACGAUUGGCGUCACGGGAGUGGCCGUCAUUGUCGGAGAGCGCCGACGCGGAGCUCCCCGAUUUCGAUUUGCGUCUGUGCGAAGUGGCCAAUGAUCCUCUCUCGGUCGUUCAGGGCUUCCGCGUCGCCGUGAACGUGAUCUUGGGCCGCCUCCUGGGUCUGCGGUUGUGCGCCGAGUGCGGCGUCGCGCGAAGAUAUCGUAGGCAGCCCCGGUGCUGUUGCACGGACAAGUUCGGCUCCAACUCGCGCCCCAUGGGCGGGAUUUUCGGGGUUGCUGCAGCUUUGCUUGGCGCCGUCGAGAACCAGCACCUAGGCACGCUCCACUUCCACGGGUUCGUGUACCUCGCGAACAUGUUCCAGCACGCACCCUUGACUGAGAUCGCGAGGACAAUUCGGGAGUCCCCUGGCUUGGCGGACGCGGUGAAGGAGUGGCACGCGUGGGUCCACAGGGAAGAGCACUGGGCCCCCGAGGAGCACCGGGAGAGCCUACCGUCGCUGGAGUCUGAGUGGCGGCAGAAUCACCGCGCAUCGGAGCACGUAGGUCUGUGUCGGUGGCCCGCGUAUGUGGACCAUGCCGAGCCGAAGACGAAGUGGGACGAGGGGUGCGAUGCCGUUGCCUGCGACGCCGACGCGGCCACCUUCAAGCAGGCUUACGAGGCAGAUGCGCAGAUGAUCUUCUCGAAGGUCCAGCAUCACCACCAUCCCAACGGGAAGCCGCUCACACACUGCAUCAAGAAAGGCUGCAAACACGGCGACAAGUGCAAGCGCGGCUUCCCGAAGACCAUGCUCAUGGCGGCCCCAGAUGGACCGAGAUUCCGCGUUGUGUGCCCUCAGGUGGCCAGGGAAGUCGGGCUUAAAGUGAACGGGCCGAGGAAUGCGUUGGGCGAGAUCGCGGGGCCUCGGAACGACGAUUUCCUGAGCGGGACUUGUCCAGCAUUGGCGGUGGCAUUUCGGAGCAACACGCACACGGCGCCGAACAACCGGCUCCCGCUGAUCACAGGCAUUACUCACGACCCGAACUGCCUGUGUCGACACGGCUCCAGAGAAGACACAGAAGAAGGGCACCUUCGACGCAUCGCAUUCGCGGUGCAGCGGUCCAUGUCGAACUCCUCGCGGUACAUCGGCGGGUACAUUUCCAAGGUGCAGCGCGUCGGGAAGAAGGCGCGGGAACUGGCGAAGACCUGCCUGUCCACGCUGGCCGAGCGACUCCAUGGGAAGUCCGAGAUGCAGCAGACGCUCAACACUGUGCACCGCUGCAUCGGGGACUGGGAGGCCAAGGGCGUGGCGCGGACGAUCUUCGAGGAGGUGAACUUGGCGCACUUCGCGGACAGGCCGAACCCGCUCGCAGCGGAGUGCAUCACGUCGUGCCCUGUCGCCGACUUCUACGCGGGCUGCUUCCUCCAGAUCGUGGCCGACGAGACUCGGGCGGGGCGCGCGACGGCGCGGCGCCAGAAGAGGUCCGUGGUGUUCACGGACGCAGGCGAGGUGGCCACUCCGCCGGACGCGACGGCGCGAGCGUACGCCUACCGACCCAAUCAUGCCGAGUUGAAGACUUUGAGCCCGUACGAGUUCGUCCGCUUGUUCGAGGUGGUACCAACGUACCCGCCACCAAGAGAUGCUUCGAAGCCAUCGACGGGCCCGACGGAGUGGAAGGCGAAUUCGCCGCCGGCCGCGGCUGAUGGGCCUCCACGGCCUGGGGUCCAUUAUGUCGUGAAGCCACCCGCGGAGGGAUGCAGGUACUUUGCGCUCGAAGAAGACCCAGACGACAUGGAGUUCGCGCACAUGUACGUGAUUGUACCCCGGGGCGUCCCCGCGCUACCCGUCUUCAUCGGGUCCGUCAUGCCUCAGCCCGAAAUGACGCCUGAGCGCCGCAGCGCCAUUUUGUCUGCGUACUUCCGACCAUGGACAUUGGUGUGCAAGUACGGAUCUUCUCGGGGGCCUGUUCCGCUAGCGAAGAAUCUGAACUUGCCGCCCAAGCGCCAGCGCUGUGGGAGGAGCGCGCCGAGCUUCCGAGUAGCCCUCAAGCACUACCUUCGCGGCCACAUCGUCUCGCCGUCCAACCGCAUCCUGUGGGCGAACGUGCUCCGCACCAUGACGACGAUGCCGGAGAACGCCGACGAGGGCGAGGACGACCAGGACUCGAAGCCGGUGGAGGCGCUACCCGAGAACGCGUUUCCGGUCCUCAGCCCCAGCAGCAUCAUGGCAGAGUUACGGCGAGUAGACCGAGACGCCGGGGCAGAUGCCGCUGGCGAGGACAUUGGGAACCUCUCCCAUUCGGUGCACAAAGCGCUGGAGCAGAGCAUGUCCUUCUGGGACCCGCCGAACAGGGAGCCACCGCGGAAGAUUGCGCGCUCCAAGAUGCGGGAGAAGCUGUACCCUGGACUGCAGACGCACCAGAUCACCCCCGACCCGCAGCAGAUGAGCAUCCUGGACGCCGUCGCCGACAGGUGCGUCCAGGAGGCCCGCGAGCAGGACCAGCUGCGCGGAUCGCCAUGCUCCCGGCUGUUCGUUCUCGGCCUGCCGGGUUCAGGGAAAUCGGAGGUCAUCCGGUGGCUGUGCGAGGAGGGCGUGGGGCUGUUCCCCACGUGCAUGGGAUGGGAACACGAGGUGCACUUCAUCAAGACCGCCCCCAUGAAUUCCAUGGCGAGCAACAUCGGUGGGCGAACCAUCCACAACUUCAGCAAGCUCGGAAUCGACCUCAUCACGGGAGUCCAGUCCGGCGGGAAGAAGGACCCGGAGUUGUCGGAGAACAUGCUGCACACGAAAAUCCAGCACAUGCGCUGGCUCAUCAUCGACGAGGUGGAGAACGUUUCGGUGGAGUUGCUGGACGCCGUGCACAGGCAGGUGAAGGACUCGACGAGGGACAAGGGAAACCCCUGGGCCGUGGACGCACGCGUUCCAAAACAGUUCGCCAUGUUCGGAGGGCUCAACCUGGUGCUGCUCGGGGACUUAUGGCAGAUACCGCCCGUCAGGAGUCUCAGUAUUGCCGCCAACCCAUUUGUCAAGAGACCCGCCAACGUCGGCCGCAUACUGGAGAUGUUCUGGACAGAGGGCUUGCCGCACUCGGUGACUAACCGCUACGCCCUGGCCCAGUCGCACCGCUGCUCAGACGUGUGGUGGAGAAGCUUUCUCGCCGAAGCGCGCGCUGGGAAUCUGUCGGACAGGAUGUACGAUUUCGUCCACGGCUUCCCCACUGAUGUGCCCGGCUCCUGGAUGCCCGCAAGCCCCGGCAGCGCCGAGGCCUCGACGGGGCACUUCGGCUGCGGGAAGGCGAAGUGCCGCGCGCUCUGGUCAGUUGAGUGGCCACGGAUGUUCGGAGAAGGUCGGGCCUGGGAGGACAUGAAAUCCCUGGAGUGCGCUGAGUGCAGCGCGGAACGCCAUCGGCGCUGCCGCGUCGCCUCUCAGAGCGAUGCCAGACAGCGGGAGGUGAGCACGGCGUUCGCGGACGCGCUGUUCGUGCACCCGUACAACGCCCCGAAGAGCAGGAUUCUGACGCUGCGAGCGGCGAAUGCGGCAGCCAAUGCUGGGAAGCAGCUCCUCUGGGUGGUGGCGCGCGAUGUCCCCCUCACUCGGGACGACGCAUGCAGGUCGACGGAGUCGCUCUCCCACGCCAGGCAGAACUGGCUCAUGUACCCCGAGAACAAGACUGGCGGAGUUCCGGGUGUGCUGCCGAUCUUCGAGGGGAUGCGGGCGCGGUUCACCACCACGGAGAAUGCGGAGGCGGGAGCCUGCAAGCACUCCUGGGGUACCGUGACGGGCUGGGUCCUCCACCCCGACGACUCGAAGUUGGUGAAAGACCACAGGUCCGAGCCGGAGCUGGUCCUGCAGCACGUGCCCGAGGCGAUCAUGGUGCAAAUUCCCGGGAACACGGCGCCCCGCUUUGGGAAUCAGCCCGCGGGCGUCUUCCCCGUGAAGCAGAGGGAGGUGUCCUGGGAUCGCAGUCCCGGCUUCAAGGCCAUGGUGAAGCGCGCGGGGUCCCCGCUGGUCCCGCACUUCGCCGCCACGGCCCACUGCGUCACCGGCGCCACGCUGCCGCAGGCCAUUAUCGACCUCCUGGACGCGCGCACGACGCCCCGCGCAGCCAUGGCCCCCACGGGCUACGUGGCCAUCAGCCGCGCCAGGAGGGCUGACGAUCUGAUCAUCACGCAGCCUUUUUCGCCCAUGCUUUUCCGCCAGGGGCAUCAGACGGGCCCAUGGCUCUUGCACUCCCUGACAGCCGGGGAGAUGACGACGGAGCAGGCGGAAGCCGGCUGGGCCAAGGCAGAGAAGGAAGCCGCGUCCAGGUCGUCCAAGAAGUUGGUGGACGUCACUUUCCAGUGCGCCGACUGCCACCAGCGGAAGAGAGCGGGCAACUUCCCAGGACGUGGCAUGAGAGCGAGCGACCCCGUGGAGCACGCCGUGGCAGUCCUGAGCCAGGGCGCGUGGAGGAGGUGCGCCCUCUGCGCGCAGAAGCAGGCCGGAAAGGAUGUGCAGAGGCCUGCCCCUCUGCCCGGCGAGCUCCGUUGCUUUGAAUGCGGCAAAGCCAGGCGCGUCUCGGAGUACGACAAGAAGAUGUUGGAGCAGUUGCGCUCAGAUGACGCCCUCGAGAGAGCGGUAUGCCUGGCGUGUCGCCCCGCGCAACUGCACCGGCCACCGUCGAGGACAGGUGCGCUGUACACGUGCUUCCAGUGCGGGGGCCUGAAGGGCAUGGAGCACUUUGACCUGGGCCGGCUGAAUAUGCAUGGGGGGCCCGAGUGCGUUGUGUGCAAGGAGUGCUUCGACCUGCGCAUGCGCCCUCCUUGCGGGAAGUGCGGGGCGAGGCCAGAGAGGAAUCUGCAUUGCAGCCAGAGUAAUUACCAGUGUGAGGCCUGCAGAUUCCCGAAUUGCGACGUCUGCAAGGUAGUCCCGCGGCCGCGCAGCACGAAGUAUCUGGCGGCCAACAGGCCGUCGUGGACGUGCCCGGCGUGCCCGCGGGUCGGUCAGUGCGUGGCCUGUGGCGCCCCGUCACCAGACGCGGCCAAAACUGGUCGGCGUUCUGCGAACUGGGAAGGGCCGAGGUACACGUGCGACGCGUGCCUCUGGCCGCCAUGCAGCGCGUGCAAGAAGGCGCCGCGGCCGCACGACCGCCGGUGGACAGUUCGCGUUGCCCCG